AUACAUACUGUAGCAUGUAUCAAGACUUCAUUUCUUCUACUAGCUGAGUAGUGUUCCAUUACAUGUAUGUACCACAUUUUGUUUAUCCAUUCAUCUGUUGAUGGGCAUUUAGGCUGUUUCCACCUUUCAGCUAUUGUGAAUGGUGCUGCAGUGAACAUUGGUGCCCAAGUCUCUGUUUGAGUCUCUGCUUUCAAGUCUUUUGAGUAUAUACCUAGGAAUGGAAUUACUGGGUCAUAUGGUAGUUCUGUUUUUAGUUUUUUCGAGGAACCACCACACUGUUUUCCACAACAGCUGUACCAUUUUGCAUUCCCACCAGCAAUGGAUAAGGGUUUCAAUAUCCCCAUGUCCUUGCCAACAUUUGUUAUUUUCUGUUUUUUAUCUUAGCCAUCCUAGUGGAAGUGAAAUGGUAUCUCAUUGUGAUUUUGAUUUGCAUUUCUCUGAUGGCUAAUGACAUUGAGCAUCUUUUCAUGUGUUUGGUGGCCAUUUGAAUGACCUCUUUGUGAAAUGUCUGUUAAAGUUUUUUGCCCAUUUUAUGAUUGGGUUACUUGUCUUUUUAUUAAGUUGUUGAAGUUUUAUAUAUAUUUUGGUUAUUAGUGUCUUAUCAGAUAUAUGGUUUCUGAAGAUAUUCUCCCAGUCGGUAAGCUUAUCUUUUCACUUUUUUGGUAGAGUCUUUUGAUGAACAAAAUUUUUUAAUUUUUAUGAAGUCCCAUUUAUUUAUUUUGUGUUUUGCUUUUCAUGGUUUUGUUAUUAUAUCACAAUAAUCCAUUGUUGAAAGCUAGACCUGACAGCGCCACCCCUGUUUCUUAUUCUAGGAAUUUUAUGGUUUUAGUUUGCACAUUUAGAUCUUUGAUCCAUUUUGAAUUUUUUUGUGUAUGGUGUGAGGCAUGGAUCCUGUUUCAUUCUUCUGCACGUGGAAAACCGGUUUUCCCAACACCAUUUAUUGCAGAGAUUCUUCUUUCGCCAUUGAAUGAACUUUGCACCCUUGUCAAAAAUCGGUUGAUCAUUGAUGAGUGGAUUUAUUUCUGGACUCUCAGUUCUUUCCCAUUGGUGUAUGUGUCUACUAUUAUACCAGUACCAGGCUGUUUUGAUUACUGUAGCUGUAUAAUAUGUUUUAAAAUCAAGAAGUGUGAGUCCUCCUACUUUGUUCUUCUCUUUCAGUAUUGCUUUAGCUAUUCAGGGCCUCUUGCCCUUCUACAUAAAGUUGAGGAAUGGUUUUUCCAUUUCUGUAAAGAAGGCUGUUGGAAUUUUGAUUGGGUUUGCAUUGAAUCUAUAGAUUGCUUUGGGUAGUACUGAUAUCUUAACAAUAUCAAGUCUUUCAACCCAAGAACAUGGAACAUCUUUCUAUUUAUUUUUUUUUAAUCUCUUUCAGCAGUGUUUUAUAAUUUUCACUGUAUAAGUCCUCCACAUCCAUGGUUAGGUUUAUUCCAAAGCAUUUUGUUCUCUUAGAUGCUAUUGUAAAUGGAAUUAUUUCCCUAAUUUCCCUUUCAGAUUUCUCAUUGCUAGUAUAUAGCCCCACUGAUUUUUGUUUGUUGACCUCAUACCGUGAAACUUUGCUAAAUUCCUCUGUUAGCUCUAAAAGUUUCCUUGUGGACUUUUUUGAGAUUUUCUGUAUAUAGGAUCAUAUCAUCUGAGAAUAGAGAUAAUUUUACAUCUGCUUUUCCAUUCUGGGUACCUUUUAUUUCUUUUUCUUGUCUUAUUGCUCUGGCUAGGACAUUUAAUACGAUAUUAAAUAGAAAUGAUGAGAGCAGGUACCCUUGUCUUGUUUCUGAUUUCAAGGGGAAUGCUCUCAGUCUUUCUCCAUUAAGUAUAAUGUUGGCUGUUGGCUUUUCAUAUAUGCCCUGAAUCAUAUUGAGGAAAUUCCCUUCUGUUCCAGUCUUCUUUAGGGUUUACAGCAAGAAAGAGUGUCAGAUUUUAUCAAAUGCUUUUCUGCAUCCAUAGACAUGAUCACGUGGUCUUUUCCUUUGUUCUUUUAAUGUGAUGUAUUACAGUGAUUGAUUUUCUAAUCCCUGCAUUCCUGGAAUAAAUCCCAUCUGGUCAUGAUAUAUGACACUUCUAAUAUGUUGUUGGAUUCUGUUCACUAGUAUUUUGUUGAGGAUUUUUGCAACUAUGUUCAUAAGCAAUAUUGGCCUGUAGUUUUCUUUUCUUGUGGUGCCUUUGGUUUUGGUAUCAGGGUUAUGCUUGCUUCAUAGAACGAAUUAGGGAGUCUUCCUUCCUUUUCUAUCUUUUGGAAGAGUUUAAACAGUACUGGUGUAAAUUCUUCUGUAAACAUUUUGUAGAAUUUCCCAGUGAAACCAUCUGGCCCAGGAUUUUUUUUGGGUUGGGAGGUUUUUGAUCACUGAUUCAAUCUCUUCUCUUGUCAUGGGUCUGUUGAGACUUUCUGUUUGCUCUUGAGUCAGCUUGGGUAAGUUGUGUGCUUCGAAGAAAUUAGUCCAUUUCAAAGGUUAUUGCAGUGCAGUGAAUUACUUAAUAUGGUCCUUGUAGCCAUUUUUUAUGACUUCCACACAGGGAUUGGGUGGGACUAUGCAAAUAAGGUGCUUCUGGCCCACCAAGGUGAUUGGACAGCUUGCUGCUAAUUCAAAUAAGGUGUAUGAAACCUGUGGUGGUUAAGGUUAUGUGUCACCUUGGCUGGACAAUGAUUUUCAGUGGUUUAGAAGUUACGUAAUGAUAUAAUUUGGUAGUUAUGUAAUUACAUAGUCAUACUUUACUCUGUGGUCUGAUGUAAUUGUCCUCCGUUUUAUAAUUUGAUGUAAUUAUCCGCCAUUUUGUGAUGUGUUGUAAAUCCUAGCCUCUAUGCCUGUGGUUAUGGUCCCAUUUGGGAGUGAGUUGUCCAUUAUAUUAAUGAGGCAAGAUUAGGGUGAGAUGUAUCUUGAGUCACCACCUUACUGGAGGGUGUGACUCAAGUCACCACUUUACCCCAAUCACCACCUUUACUACCCUUAUUCAAGUCACACCCUUGUACUGCCUUGCUUAGGUAAGGAGAAUAUCCUUGAGGGUAUGGUCUAUUUCCUAUAUAUAUAUAUAUAUGUAUAUGAAUGCUCUGGCAAAGCUCUCUCUCUUGCUCUGGAUCCUGUAUCUGGCUCGUCAUCACCUGACCUCUGGUUCUUGGAACUUAAGCCAGCAGCCUGUAGUCUGACCUGAUAUGCCAGUUUCAGCAGCCUUGUGAGCCAGCAGCCUGUCAUCUGACCUGCCAGUUUGGGACUGACCAGCCUCCACAACUGUGUGAGCCAUUUCCUUGACAGUUUGUGAAUUCUGUGAGAUGUUGCAGCAAAUUAUGGGAACCAAAGACUGAAGGGGAGAAGGGGAGGAGUAGUUGAUGUUAGAGAUGAUGGAGUGAUACAGCAGUUUGGAAAAGAUGGACAUUUAGGAUAUCUUUAACCAUUCCCCCAUAGGAACCAGCUUUGUGCUGAUCUUUCUAAAAUAAAUUGUUCAUUGAGUUAUCCAGUUUGUUGCCAUAUAGCUGUUCAAAAUAUUGUCAUAAUUCUCUUUAUUUCUAUCAGGUCAGUUGUAAUGUCCCCUCUCUUGUUUCUUAUUUUGGUUAUUUGCAUCUUUUCUUUGUCAAUCUAGCUAAAGAUUUGUCAAUUUAUUGUUAUUCUCAAAGAAUCAACUUCUGGUUGUAUUGAUUCUCUCUAUCAUUUUUCUUUUUCCAAUUUUAUUUAUUUCUACUCUGAUCUUUGUUGUUUCUUUUCUUCUGGUAGGUUUUGGCUUAGUUUGUUCUUCUCAUUCUAGUUCCUGGAGUUGUUGAGUUAGGCUGUUGAUUUGAUAUCACUCUUCUUUUUUCAUGUAGGAAUUUAUUGCUGUAAGUUUCCCUCUGAGUACUGCCUUCAUUGCAUCCCAUAAGUUUUGGUAUGUUGCACUAUCAUUUUCAUUUGACUCUAGGAAAUUUGUGAUGUCUUCCUUGACUCAUUGGCAGUUUAAUAGUGUGUCAUUUAAUUUCACUAUGUUUGUGUCAUUGAAUUUCCAUAUGUUUGUAUAUUUUCCAGCUGUUAUUGAUUUCUACCUUCACUCCAUUGUGGUCAGAGAAAAUACUUUGUAUGAUUUCAAUCUUUUUGUAUUUAUUAAGACUUGCUUUGUGACCUAACAUGUGGUCUAUCGUGGAGAAUGAUCCAUAUGCAUUGAAGUAGGAUGUAUAUCGUGCUGUUGUUGGGUGUAGUCUUCUAUAUAUGCCUGUUAAGCCUAGUUGUUUUAUAUCUACAUGUCUCUAUUUUUAAGUAGAAAAUAUAUACAGGCAGUCCCCAAAUUAUGAACGAAUUCCAUUCCUAAGUCUGUCUUUAAGUUGAAUUUGUACAUAAAUGGGAGCAGUUAGGUACAGUUUGUAUCUAAUGUCAUUUAGUCAAAUAUUUAUCUCAGUAUAUGGUGUACCUUUCUAUGCAUAAAAAACAUUAAACACUUCAGAUACACUAAAACAUCUUAAACAUAAUAAGACAGUAAUAAUAAUAAUGUUUUGAUGCACAUUGUAAAAUAGUGUCCAUUUGUUAUUACAAGCCAUUAUAUAUGCAUUGAAUUUUUACUAUAAUAGGCUUUAUGGGGAUUGAUUCAUAACUCUAAGGUGUAUGUAAAUCAGACAUUUGUAACCCAUGAACUGCCUGUAUUGAAGACCAAUGGUAUAUUGUAUAUAGCCAAGCUUACGGAUGAGAUAAACCAUUAGAAAUUCAAUAUUAAAAAACAUACAUAGAUGGUUGCACAACUCAAAGAAUAUAAUAAGUGUCACUCAAUUGUUCACGUAGAAACUGUUGAAUUGAUGAAUGCUUUGCUUGUGUAUAUUCUCAACAACAACAACAAAAUAAAUAAAAUUUAAGGAAAAAAAAAAAAGAUUGCUGCCUAGGAAACCCUGUAGGGCAGUUCUACUCUGUCAUAUAGGGUUGCUGUAAGUCAGAAUCGACUCAACAGCACACAAGAACAACAGCUAAACAGGAUAAAGAGGGAUGUAAAAUUUUUGUUCAAAAUGCCUUUCUUCCCAUUCAUGCAAAGCAGGGCAUUAUCUGAGGAAAUUAGCAGGAAAUAUGAUUUCCAUUUCCUUGUGGCAAGAUUUUAAGUGUUGGUUACCUUAUAAGGUUAGUUUGAUGACCAUGGCUUUAUAGCUUUAACUUUGUAUUAAAGCAUAGUAUAAAUAAAGAAAAAAUGUAUCUACAAAAACAAAAAACAAAAUAACACAUACACAGUCUUUUGCCAAAACUGUUAACCCUGUAGUGCAGACUCCUUCACCAAAGGAUCCCACACCAAAUACUAAAAACAUCCUCUUUAUUGCCUACGGGACCGGUUCCAGCUGAAUAAGCAGCACGGUAAAACCUAAAAGGGUAGGGAAACAGCAUCGCUUUACUGGUUGAAUCAUCUCAGAAAUAUAUUCUUGAGUGCAAACCCAAAUAUAAUUUGUUUCCUGGCUUUCCUAGUAUGGAACAAAAAUGGUCAAAACCUGGCCAAAUUAGGUUUUUCCUUUGACAUAGGCUGUGUUCUUAUUGGAAACCCUGGUGGCAUAGUGGUUAAGUGUAACAGCUGUUAACCAAAAGGUCAACAGUUCAAAUCUGCCAGGCGCUCCUUGGAAACAAUAUGGGGCAAUUCACCUUGUCCUAUAGGGUCUCUAUGAGUUGGAAUCAACCUGACAGCAGUGGGUUUGGUGUUCUUAUUAUUGCCAAUGCCAGUGAUGGUGACAGUGACUAUUUUUUGAAUGAUUCCUGCAUGCCAAGGACUUUUCAUACAUUACCUCAUUUAAGCCUUACAGCAAAACCGUGAAGCAAAUAUUUUUAUCCCCAUUUUAUAAAUGAGGAAAGGGAAAUUCAGAGAGGUUAAGGAACGCACCUGAGGUCCUAGAGUUGAGGGAGGGAAGAUUUGAACUGGCCUUCUUCUGUCUCUAAAGCCAGUGUUCUUCACCAUCACACUACGCUGCCUCUUGUUGAGUAGUGAUUUAGUGGGAGACUCUUUCUUAGGCCUAGAGCAGUGCCUGACACACUUAAUAAAUGUUUUUUCAUUUUUAAAAAUUUAGAUUUACUCUUUAUUUAAAUUACACAUCACUCUUAUAAGUACACAUAAAGGAAAAUAAAACCAAAAUGCAUUAGUUAAGAUAUUCCUAAAACUCCUGCACAUUUCAGAGUCCAACUCUUCCGUAUCACUUUCGGACUUAAAGUCAUCGGGGUCUCUGCCGUCACCUGCUCAGUUACUAUUUAUUGAAUGAAUGAAUAAGUUGGCACUUUAACGUUGUAAUUGUAAAGACUUUUAAAACACAAAGUAUUUGUAUUUAAUUUGGUUUCAUAUUCAAUAGGAUAACUAAAAGAGUUACUAAGGAACUUUUAAAAAAUUCCCUUGACCUAAAUUUUAAAUGUGAAUUUUUUCUUAAGAAUCCAGCCUGUGAAUUCCUGAAGAGCAGAGAGCCCUCUCUUCCCCAUCUUUGUUCUAAAAGUGUCUGGGAAAUAGGAGACACUUAAUAAGCACUUGACAGAGUGACUGCACAACUCACCAAUUGUGAAGAAGACAACAAGGGUGAUGUCAGAGAUUUCCAUUUAGAUCAGCAACUUCAAAUUCUUACCAUGGAAAAUUCAGAGAAGACAGAGGUGGUUCUCCUUGCUUGUGGUUCCUUUAAUCCCAUCACUAACAUGCACCUCAGGUUGUUUGAGCUGGCCAAGGACUACAUGAAUGGAACAGGAAAAUACAGAGUUAUCAAAGGCAUCAUUUCUCCUGUUGGUGAUGCAUAUAAGAAGAAAGGACUCAUCCCCGCCCAUCACCGGGUUAUCAUGGCAGAGCUCGCCACCAAGAAUUCAAAAUGGGUGGAAGUUGACACAUGGGAAAGUCUUCAGAAUGAGUGGGUAGAGACUGCUAAAGUGCUAAGACACCAUCAAGAGAAACUGGAGGCUAGUAACUCUGAUAACCAGCAGGACUCACCUAGUCUGGAAAGGUCUGGACGAAAGAGGAAAUGGACUGAACAAAGAGAAGAUUUUAGUCAAAAGAAACCCCCACAACCAAAAAUGAAAGGUAUGCCAGAGGUGAAGUUGCUGUGCGGGGCAGAUUUUUUGGAGUCUUUUGGCAUUCCCAAUUUGUGGAAGAGCGAGGAUAUCGCCCAAAUUGUAGGAGGCUAUGGGCUCAUCUGUAUUACCCGGGCUGGAAAUGAUGCUCAGAAAUUCAUCUACGAAUCAGAUGUGCUGUGGAAACACCGGAGCAACAUUCACCUGGUGAACGAGUGGAUCACCAAUGACAUCUCAUCCACAAAGAUCCGGCGAGCCCUCCGAAGGGGCCAGAGCAUCCGCUACUUGGUGCCAGACCUAGUCCAGGAAUACAUUGAGAAGCAUAAUUUGUACAGCUCAGAGAGUGAAGACAGGAAUGCUGGGGUUAUUCUGGCUCCUCUGGAGCGAAACACUGCAGAAGCUAAGUCAUGAGGAAUCCAACAGUCUGAUAGCUUGCAUUUCUCUUUGAGGCUUUGAGAAAACCUGGAUGUUAGUAACUUAGGAAAGGAGUUGUGAUCCUGUUUCAUAAACUAAAGCUUAAAAGUUUGGUAAAAAUCAAAAGAAAAUUUAAAUCAGGUUUGUUUUUUUCUUUUUGUUGGAAGUUGUUAAGAUGAAUGUUUUCAGUAUGAUUUUUUUUUUUUUAGAACAUAUGAAUCCCUUGAUCUAUCUUAAAAACAAGAGAUUAGCAGCGCUAAAGCCAGAGAAUAUUUAAUCAAACUAACUACAAAUGGGAAGUCAAAAAGGACAUCCUGGCUUUAGCACAUAAGAAAAGCAAAGUGUGAAAAGCAAGAGUCCAUUAAAAAUCCUAACUUUAGUUAUGAAGGGAAUUGACAUUUUAUGGGUGUCUGUUGCUGGUCAGUCUUCACCCAGGGUGACCAAAGGAAAGAAUUCUUGAAAUGAUGAUCUUAUAAAGUGCACCAUUGAUCAGUCAUCUCCAGCCAUGCAGAGUAAAGGCUGUGAAUACACUCUGGCACACGUGAGAAUGGCCGGUUAAGCUUUGCCAAGAUACACCUGCCUAGAGUCCUACCUUUGGAGGUAGGGAAUGGGGCCCAAACACCUGAGUGUUUAGACAGGUACACGGGUGGUUCUGAUGGCCACCAGAGGUAGAGAAUCUCUGCCUACAUGCUCUACACCCUAAGUACAGCCUUUUUGUGGGUGCUGUGCUGGCCUGGCCAUCCCCCACCCUUUAUCUUCAGGAACAGCCUCAGAGAUGAUGUCACACUAUCUGGAACCAAAAGAACCAGAGAGAAUGAGGGGUCUCGUUCAAGGCUUAUAUUAAGUAUGGCUGUUCUUAGCCUUUAUUCAUAGCUUCAUAAUCCAAAGAUGAGCAGAGACCCUAGGAACCAGAGAAAUGCCACACUGGAUCAGCCCAGUGCUCCCUGAAGCCCAGAAUUUUGAGCUGAUGAGUGCCUUGUGGAGAAACUGUCCAUGAUCUCAGUGAGAAAUUCUCUUGAGGUUCCGAAGAGGCCUGCCUUCUCUGUCCAGCCCACUGUGAAUCUGCCAUUUGUGAAUUUAAGCAGAAAAAGAGUCUGUUUUCUUACACUUUUUCUCCUUUUGACCUUCUGUGUGAAUCCUACCCAAAGUUGAACUCUCAAUAAUUAAAGUUACAGCUUUAUGUUAAAA